AUGGUGCCACUUCAAAUUGCACGUGCGGAGAACGAGUCGUUCGUGAUCUUGAAGGAUGGCCUGCGCGAGGAUGUUGCAGACUUCACCCACUUGAGCGAACUUUCCGGCUUCAUCUCCUUCGGCCUCUAUGAGCUCAUCUUGGAGACGAACGAGAAUCCUGUCGUUGUCAUAUCCAGCAUGGGCAAGCAGUCGACUGGCAAAUCCUACAUGCUGAACCACCUGGCAGGUACAUGCUUCGACUCUUCAGGAGGCCGCUGCACCGACGGAAUUUGGAUGAUGGUCCGAGAGUUCGAAGAUGUAACAUACGUUUUGCUGGACUUUGAGGGUCUUGGCUCCUUCGAACGAUCCGCGCAGGAGGACAUGCUUCUUUCGGUCUUCAAUGCGGCGAUUUCCCAUGUUUCUCUUUUCCGCACCGAGAACCGCCUCGACUCUGACACAGCAAACAUCUUCUCACGCAUGCAACAGGGUGCGAAGUUGAUUCAGGGAGACGACGAGCUCUUCAACGGAAUGUUCCAAAUCGUGGUGAAGGAUGUGGUCUCAGAUGCCAAAGAAGUGGCGCAGGAGUUCAAGCAGAAAAUCCAGCACAUCAUUGCCAGAGACAAAGAGGACAAUUUCUUUCUGCGCUUGUAUCAGGGCCGCGUCGGCAUAUUGCCGUUUCCGGCGUUGGGUCGUUCCGAAUUCUACCGCGAGUUCAAUUCACUGACCAGCAAGGUGCAAGCAGUGCAGGAGUCUGGCCGUUGCUUUGAGACUGGCCGCCAGUUCAUGCGAAAUACCAAGCUUCUGAUGGCAAAGAUGGCAAUGAGAGACUGGACGCCCACUGACCAGAACAAGAUCAAGAUGCUGCUUGCCAGCCUCAGCGACUGCUUGCCGGCUGCUGUGAUGGCUGGUUGCAUGGCCAUGACAGAGGAUGGACCAACUCCACUGCUUCAUCUUCGCAGCAACAAAACGUUUACCUUGGUGCAGGAUGCGCAUGACACAAGCACCGAGGAACCUGCUAACAAAGUGCUGUCUGCUUUGGCAGACGAAGGCCUUCUUCUGGCGAAAGUGAUCGAACGGGAUGGCUGCCACGAGGUGCAGGUGCCUUGCGAACUCAUGGCUGAUUUGAUCGCGAAGGUACGGGAGAUUGCGAGGAAUGCCCUGACAGCAGACGAGAUUCUACAGGUCUUGAAUGCGCUGUCAGACAGGCGACAGAAGCGCAUUGUGGCGUGGCUCGAGGCGAACAUACAACACAUCGCUCAGGAAGGUGAUGCGCAGCGCCUGAUGAUGCAGACGAAGACUAUGCUCGCCAGGCUCCAUCAGCAACUGCGCGUCUGCAGCAUGACUUGCACCGAGUGUCGCUUGCCAUGCAUGCUGCCAGUUGGUCAUGCAGAAGGUGCCCACGACUGCGGUACAGAUCACAGAUGCCACUCGUUCUGCAAGUAUUGCCAGGAGAUGUCCGGCAGCGCGAGCGUUUGCACAUUGGUUGCCGGCCAUAGCGGACAACAUGACUGCGGUCACGCUUCCCACACCUGUGGGCACGAGUGCUCUCUCAGCUCACGGGGAAACUGUGGUGGGCGAUGUGUGCUGAAGCCCGGGCACUCCCCCGACGAAGCCCACAUGUGUGGAUCAUCUCGACAUCAUUGUGGCAAGCCGUGCUCACUGACUGGAUGUUCUCACACAUGUGUUCUCCCACACGAUUUGAUGCAUGACCGAUGCGAGUGUCACAUCAUUGUGUGUCCGAACAAAUGCUCGUUUCCAAAGUGCUCCUUCAUGUGUUCGGUACAAGACCAUUUCCAUGCAGAAGGCAAAUCGGAUUGUAUGUGUGAUCAACCACACCAGUGCCCACAUGAAUGUGAAGCACCGGGAAUAUGCGAGAUCUAUUCCGAGUUGGUGAUGAAGAAAGAGAAGUUCACGGGCAAGCAUGACGAGUUCGACUACGAUUCCAUCGAAACAGAACAGAAUGGUGUUCGGAAGACAUGUUGCAAAGUCAUUCCGGCCAAGAGUCGAGAGCACGAAGGGAGUCACAUUCACUCUACGACCGAGAACUUAGUGCACUAUUGCGAUGCGAAAUGUCCAACUUGCGGCUACUACUGUACGCUGCCCUGGGAGCAUUCUGGAGAACAUGACACCAGACACGGCAAUAUGCGAAGGACUUAUUUUGUCUCGGACCAGGACGUCUUCAAAUUGGGUUCCCGCAAGUAUGCACCAUCUGAGUCCGGCGUAGCAGAGAUGUGCAACAUGUACUGCCACCGGGCAGGGCGUGGCCACACGCACGUGAAGCUGUGUGCGGAUUACUCGAAAAAUCAACUUUGCUGCAUCUCCGCAAUGCCUGGUCGCAGACAUUCGCAGAGACGAUACAAGCCCAAUCCAGAAGUUCCGAAGGAUGAGUUUACACAUGCAGCCUUUUGGGAGAGCAUUGCGUUCAAGGACCCCUGCUCGAAUGAGGACCAAGAGAUCUUCGGCAAGUGCAACCACCGUUGCCCACACGAGUCUCAUACGAAAGACGGGGAGCACCCAUCCUUUUGCACUUUGCCGCUGUGGCACAGCCCACUCUCAGCUGAAGAGUCUCAGAGACAUGUGGCGCAGCAUGGUGGAAUCGUUUCGGCUGAUGGCCACCACUUUUCCUGCUCACACAAGAAGAGUGUUCCUGUCCACACGAUCUUCCUGAUUGACAGCUCCGGGUCGAUGGGUUACCAAGAUGUACUGCCGCAAACCUUGCCUUGGCGGCAGUCUCAUCCCAAUCGUCUCGGCUGCGCGAUUGCAGCAGUGCAGAGCUUCGUGGAAAAACGUUUGCACAGCAGUGCGGAGGACCGAGUCUCGCUAUUGGCCUUCAACACGCAAGUGCAGAAGGGGCCACUCUUAUUGCCAAUCGCAGACUUCAAUGACACCUGGCUUCGUACUCUUCAGCCUGGGUAUCAAACCUGCUUUGAAACUGCCAUUUCAGCCAUCAUCCCGCACGUGGCCCAAACACCGACCGGGCACCGCUGUAUGAUCGUGCUGCUGUCCGACGGGUGGGCCCCUUUCCCAGCCACGUCUCUCGGACGGCUGUUUGCUCCAGUACGAGGUGGAUCGUCCAGCCAGGCCCUCCGUUUACACACCGUUCAGUUCCCUCCGGGAGAUGCACAGGGCAAGUCUGUGCUCACUCAGAUUGUGGCUACUGCAAAACGAAGCGCAGGCCAAGACGACUUUGCUAGCAAGAGCAGCUACAUGGAGUCUGUCGACGGAAUCACACUCCAGGAAGCCUUUAUGGGCAUUGCAGAGUCGCUCUCUUCCGCCGCAGGCGGAUUGAUCUCCGGAUAA